AUGUCUGUCUAUAGAAAGUUCAAUUCCGAUGUUUUUUUACGAAUAGCAAAUCCUUUUUUGGAAGAAGUUACAAAAAAAAUUAAAAAAUGCUAAAAGCUUCCCAAAAAUUAAUAUAAUUAAGAAAAUAAUUUCCUAAAUAUAAAAUUGAUUCAUAUUUAAUUCCACAUGAUGAUGCACAUAAUGUUCAUCAGGAUUUGCAUUUAUUACAGAAGAAAAUGCGUUUCUUUGUACAGAUUCAAGAUAUUGGUUAGAAGCUUUAAACCUUGGUUCACUGAUGUUUCUGAAAACCAAAAAAUCGGAUUUGAUCCUUUAUUAUUUACAAAUGAAUAUAUAGAAAAAAGAUAAAAUGAUUUUAAAUAAAGAAAUAUAGAAUUAUUACCAAUAGAACCAAAUUUAAUUGAUGAAAUAUGGAUAAACAAGCCUGAAGAUCAAAUAAAAUAAAUUUCUAUACAUGAUAUGUAAUUUGCAUGCUAAUCAACUAAAGAUAAAAUAUAUAAAUUAAAAGAAAUAUUAAAAGAAUAAAAUUCGAACUAAAUUCUUACUUCAUAACUAGACGAAAUAGCCUGGCUAUUAAAUUUAAGAGGAAAUGAUAUAGAAUAUAAUCCUGUAUUUAAAUCGUAUUUAAUAAUUUAAUUUUUAACUGAAAAUUAAUACGAAGGUACUUUAUAUAUAGACUAAUAAAAAUUAAAUUCUAAAGUAAACUAAUAUUUGACUGAAAACCAUAUAUAAACAAGCCCAUAUAAUUAAAUAUACUAAGAUUUAUAAGAAAAAAAGAAAAAGAUCACGAUAUAAAAAUCCCAAAUAAACUAAAAAUUAUACUAAUCGAUUCCUAAGGAAAAAAUACACACAAUAUUAGGCUAAUCAACAUCCCCUAUAUCUAAAAUGAAAGCCUAAAAAAUUCCUGAGUAAAUAAAAAGACUUAAAGAUGCAAAUAUAAGAGAUUAAGCUGCUUUAGUAAGUUAUUUAGGCUGGUUAGAAAACUAAAUUAUUGAAAAAAAAAACACGAAUUUAAAUGAAUAUACAGCGUCUAUUAUAUUGGAUGAAAAAAGAAAAAAAAGUGAACGAAAUUAAGGUCUAUCUUUCCCUACUAUAUCUUCAGUGGGUUCAAAUGCCUCAAUUAUACAUUAUAGACCUUAAAAAGAAACUGCUUUUUUAAUAGAAGAAGAUAAAAUUUAUCUAUUGGAUUCUGGUGGAUAAUAUUUAGAUGGUACUACAGAUAUUACAAGGACUUUUCAUUUCGGAAAUCCUAAAUAAGAAGAAAAAGAUGCAUAUACAAGAGUUUUAUUAGGAAAUAUUGAUAUAUAGAAAGUAAUAUGGCCAAAGAAAAAUUAAAUAGCUGGAUGUGAUAUUGAUGUAUUAGCCAGAAGGCAUUUAUGGGAAGGAUUUUAAGAUUAUGGACAUGGUACAGGACAUGGAAUUGGAUAUUAUCUUAAUGUACAUGAAGGACCGCAUGGAAUUAGUAAAAAUAAUAAGGAAGUUUUGAUCGAAGGAAUGGUAGUUAGUAAUGAACCUGGAUAUUAUAAAGAUGGAGAAUUUGGAAUUAGAAUAGAAGAUACUUUAGUUGUAGUUAAUAAAGGAAAUGAGUAUUUAGGAUUUGAAUGUUUAACUUUGUUUCCUUAUGAUAGAAAUUUAAUUAAUAUUAAGUUAUUAAAUUAAAAUUAUAUUGAAUUUAUUGAUUAAUAUCAUAAAAAAGUUUGGAAUAUUUUGUUUCCUAUUUUAGAAAAAGAAAAAGAUAUUUAAGGUAUUAAAUGGUUAGAAAAGAAUACUUUACCUUUAUAAUAUGAAAAGUGA